AUGCGCCAACGUCAACAGCAGAGCGGAUGCGUUUAUAAGGAGCUGGAGGAGGCUACGAAGAAGGAGCGUUCGUACUACAAGUACGUUGUUGGAGACUUCAACGCAGUCAUCACGAGGAAAAGCCGGCGACAGCGCGCAUUGGACCACCGGAGAUACAAGCGAAAACGGAGAGCGUUUGAUGGACUUCUAGAACAAUGCAAUCUCUUCCACGGAAACAGCUUCUUCAUGAAAAACGUGGGCCGAAGGUGGACAUGGGAGAGCCCUAACGCAGCAGCUCACAGCGAAAUCGACCAUAUUCUCACGAACAGAAAGUGGAGUUUGCUAGACGUCAGUGUGGUAGAUGCAUUCCGCACCGGAAGCGACCAUAGACUCGUCCGGGCCAAAAAGAGCGAGCACGAGCAACGAAGUGAAGAACUAUCGUUUCAUUGCGCUCCUCUCACAGUUGUACAAGCUGUCCACGAAGACCAUUCUAAACAGACUGGAAAGACAACUGACGACUAUCAAGCAAUGGAGCAGGCCGGGUUUCGCAAGGGCUUCUGUUGUGUGGACCACAUCCACACCGCCACGCAGCUAAUCGAGCGGGCCAAAGAAUACAAGUACCACACAUCAACCUGCUUGGAAUGA